AUGACCGCUAGCACCUCCCCCUUCAACCUCGAGACUUGUGCUCGCCCCAAUAUCCUCAAACUUGUCCCAUACCGAUGUGCGCGCGACGACUACAAAGAUGAUGGCACCAAUAUUCUCCUUGACGCAAACGAGAAUGCCUACGGCCCUUCACUCCCCUUGACUGCUUCCUCGACCGCCGAAACCGCCGGUCUCAACCGCUACCCCGACCCGCACCAACAUGUCCUCAAGAGCGCCUUCUGCGCCCUUCGCAACACUAAUCCCACCAAGCCUCUAACCCCCGAGAAUCUUUUCCUCGGUGUCGGGAGUGACGAAGCAAUUGAUGCCCUCCUCCGAUGCUUCUGCACCCCCGGAAAGGACAAGAUCCUUACCUGCCCGCCCACCUACGGCAUGUACUCUGUCUCCGCGCAGGUCAAUGACAUUGAGGUCGUUAAGGUUGAUCUCAACCUCGAGAGCGGUAACCUCGAGCUCCGCCCCGACUCUAUCAACGAGGCCUUGUCGCAGGACGCCAAUAUCAAGGUUGCCUACAUCUGCUCCCCCGGUAACCCUACCGGUGCAUUGGUGGAUCCCGAGGCAGUGAAGAAAGUCCUUGCACACCCAACGUGGAACGGUGUUGUGGUGGUGGAUGAGGCAUAUGUAGACUUUGCGCCAGAAGGGAGCUCACUUGCACCCUGGGUCGUAGACUACCCCAAUCUGGUCGUCAUGCAGACCCUCAGUAAGGCGUUUGGGCUGGCCGGCAUUAGACUCGGAGCGGCCUUCACAUCGCCGCCAAUCGCGCAGCUGUUGAACAACUUGAAGGCGCCAUACAGCAUCUCGACACCUACGUCGUCACUUGCAUACACAGCGCUCUCGGAGGCAGGGCUUGUGAUCAAGAGCGAGAAUGUUGCCAAGAUCCUCUCACAGAGGGCCCGUCUCCUCCAGGAGCUGCCUAACGUUCCAGGAAUCGGGAGAUUUCUCGGAGGAUUCGAUGCUAACUUUAUCUUGGUGGAGAUACUGGAUAGGCCGGGCGGCAAGCCGUCUAAUACUGUUGCGUUGGCGGCGUAUAAAGGGCUUGCGGAGACCCGUGGGGUUGUUGUGAGGUUCCGGGGCGGCGAGAAUGGAUGCUUUGGAUGCCUCAGAAUGACCGUGGGUACAGAGGAUGAGAAUGGAAGGCUGCUGGAGAGAUUGAGGGAGAUUUUGGGGGGCAUCUAUUCAGCGAGUGCGUAA